AUGAAUAAUGCAGAAAAUGAAGACCCCGAAACCGAAAUAAUAGGAAAAGUAACGCUAGACACCAUUUUCGUGAAAGAAAUUGGUCAAUUCGGCAAGUUUCAGUUAAAGACAGUUUGUCUAGCGGCUAUCAUAGCAAUAUUUGCAUCGUGGGGUGCAACUGAAUAUGUGUUUACUACUGCUCGAAUUAAUACGAGAUGUGUAAUUCCGGAAUGUGAAGGAGCUCGGAGAGAAUGGUCACCUCCUUGGUUACCCAAUGCUGUGCCGGCAGUCGGAUCUGGUUUAUUUGAUAACUGUAAACGCUUUGCUAACACAACUGCAAUGCUGCAGCGGAUGGAAAGCGAAGAGUGUCCUAGCACGCUCUUCGAUACAAAAACUGUGGAGUAUUGCGAGAAAUUCGUCUAUGAAAAUACGGACUCAGUGGCUUAUGACUUUGAUCUGGCCUGCGAUGAAUGGAGCAGAUCAUUAAUAGGUACCAUCAGAACUCUUGGUACUUUUAUUGCGCUUCCUAUAACUGGGUACGUGUCAGAUCGAUGGGGUCGCCGUGUUGCCCUCACCAUCAAUGCCUUCAACACAGGAUGGCUUGGCCUCAUCAGAUUUUGGACAAAUACAUACAUGGGAUUCAUGCUAUUUGAAUUUCUUGAAGCUGUUUUUGGGUCCGGUGGCUUUUCAAGUAUAUAUAUUCUUGUUAUGGAACUAAUGGGCCCCGAGUAUCGAGUAAUAGGUAGCGCCUCAAUUGAUACUUUUUUCGCCAUCGGUCAAGUUUUGAUGGGUUUAAUUGCAUGGGGCGUGCCAAACUGGAGGUAUCUAACCUUAAUACUAUACGUUCCUCAGCUUUUCACAAUCUUAUAUUUUUGGCUCAUAUCUGAAUCAGUUCGUUGGUACAUGAGCAAAGGUCGUUUUGACGACUCUGAAGCUUUGUUGAAGAAAGUGGCAAAAACGAAUGGUACACUGUUAUCUGAGAAGUCCUUGAAGUCAUUACGGGAUACUUCUUUGGAAGAAGAGAGGAAUAAGAGAUUAGAAGAAGAGAUGGUGGGACAGGAGCCAUGGCUAAUAGUAAAAGUAUUUCAACACAAGCGAGUGUUGCUUCGUUGCAUAGUUUCGCCGGUGUGGUGGAUCACGACUACUUUUAUUUACUACGGACUCUCCAUAAACGCAGUGAACAUGUCUGGCAACAAAUAUCUGAAUUUUGUGGCUGUAGCGGCUGUUGAGAUCCCUGGCUUUUGGACGGCAGUAUUCCUGAUGGGUAAGAUAGGAAGAAAACCAGUACUGAUUGGUGCUUUUUGGAUAUGUGCUGCAUGUCAAAUUGCAUAUAUAUUUAUGCCUCCAGAUUUGUAUGCAGUAUCACUGACAGUAUACCUUAUAGCGAAAUUCUCGAUUGCGAUGGUGAUGUCUUCAGUGUACAUAUACACAAUGGAGCUAUACCCUACUAAGCAUCGACAUAGUCUGUUCGCCUAUUCAUCUAUGAUAGGCAGGAUCGGGUCUAUGAUAGCGCCACUCACACCGGCUUUCGGUGCCCAAUGGUUUGCAAACCUACCCUUCGUCUUGUUUGCAAGCUUUGCCCUGGUAUCUGGUGCGCUGAUCUUCCUCACCCCAGAGACUCUCGGCACCAAAUUGCCGGAUACUUUCGAGGAGGCUUCAGAUAUUGGUCUCAAAAACAGUAUUAGAAAAUAG